AUAAGAGACAGUAGGUGGCUAGGACUUGGUUUUCAAUCCUUUAAUUCCCUUUGGGCUCUUUAUUUCCAACUUUGAGACUUGACAAUAAACCUUCAGAAAAGUCCUUCAACAAGGGUCAUUCCAUACAUAUCUCUCUCCUAUCCACUUUUCUCUUCUUCACUAAACUCUAUCCUCUGUUUUUCCUCUCUUUUCCUUUCUAUAUCAUGGCCAAUUCACUUAACCAAGCUAUCACUACCCUCUUCUUCUUCUCCUCCAUAAUUCUCAGCUUCUUUGUUCAAGCCAAGCAAGACAACCCUUGUCCAUAUCCAUGUUACCCUCCACCAACAGGCACCGGCGGUGGCACCCAAAUCGGCGGCACUGUCCCUCAAACACCUCCGGCUAGUUAUUCACCACCUCCUCCACAAGGGACGUCCUACCCUACACCAACAGGGACUUUACCAUACUACCCUCCACCACCUUAUGGUAAUUCUUUAUACGGUCAGCCCCCUCCUGACCCCAUCUUGCCUUAUUUCCCUUACUACUACAGAAAACCUCCUCACAAAACAGAUGAUGAGUCAUCAGCAACAAGUAAUCCUGGAAAAUCAUUGCUCACGAUUGCAACCACAAAUUUUAUUGUAUUUGUUUUCCUAGUUGUUUCUAGUUUAGGGUACUAGCUGAAAAUUUUUUGUGUAAAGUAUUUGUCUUUAAGCCAUGUUUUCAAUGAGAUGAGGGUUUGAAUGUAGGGACUUUUUAGUGUUUAAUGAGAGAAGAAAAAGAGGUUGGGAUGCGUUCUUAGUUGCUGAAAAAAGGUGUAGAAUUGGUGAUGUGGUGAAAGACAAGGGGAAUCGAAGAGGUGGUGGCCCCAGGCCAUUACUCUUUUGUUUGCUAAUGAAGAGAUGACCAGUAUGUUUAUUUUUGUUUCA